AUGGAGCCAAAGUAUAGAAAUUAUGGAAAAAUAAUGUUGCUUUUACUCGCAUGUGUGUUUGCCUUUGCCAUGCUAUUAGGUGUCUGCUUUAGAUCUCAAAAGAGACAAAAGCCUUUUCAUCCAGACUCUGCUUCGUCGUUUUCUAAACCAAGCAGCCGUUACACAUACAGUUUUGAGUAUAAGUGCUACGGAACAGCAAAUCCCACCAAGGAAAGUGAUGAUCCAGAACAGCUAGCAAAUCAAAACCAACUGAAUCGGUUGAUUGAAGACAACCAAAACUACUUAAAUUUGGGAAGUAGAUCUGAGCAAACUAAAUUAAAUCAAGCACGAAGCCAACAAAGGAACGUAGCGAAUCCGACUGUAAAUCCAAAGCCAAGCAGUGUAAAAGCUACACCGUCCCGAAACCCUAAGCAUCUAUAUGAGUAUGAGGACAUAAAGCAUCGCAGCACGCCAUAUACCCAGGAAGAAUUUGCAAAUGCCAGGGCGUUUGGCUUUAACAAUUAA